GUGCGCCGGUAAAAGCCUUCCGGCGGGGAGAGGCGCCGCGGCAGGCCUGGGCCGGGCCUGUGAGGAGGGCGGCGGGAGGCGCCAUGGCUCUGCCGGGUGGAAAUAAGGAUAACAUCAGAGCUGGAUGCAAGAAGUGUGGCUACCCUGGUCAUCUGACAUUUGAAUGUCGAAAUUUCCUCCGAGUAGAUCCUCAAAGAGAUAUUGUUUUAGAUGUUAGCAGCACUAGCAGUGAAGACAGCGAGGAAGAAGAACUACAGAGACUGCAAGCCAUGCGUGAAAAAAAGAAUUUAAACGAGGAGGAAGAAAAAAAGAAACAGAAAAAAAAAAGCAAAGCAAAAACAAAAUUAAAGAGACCAAGGAAAAGAUCUUCCUCAUCGAGUGCAGCUGAAGAGGAUGGGCCAAAGUCAAAAAAACAAAAAUCACGCAAAAAAGAAAGGCAAAAGGAAAAAAAGAAUAAAUCUAAGAAAGGAAAGCAUCAUAAAAAAGAGAAAAAGAAGAGACGAAAGGAAAAAAGCUCAUCUUCUGAUAGUUCAGACAGUUCUAGUAGUGACUGAGGUGCUGGCCUAUUUUUGCGCUCACUUCUGCAGAGAUGAUGAUUUUCGUUUCAAAUCAAAUAUAUUUAUGCUUUGCAAUGCUGUUGUUUUAAAAUGAGAUAUAUAUAUUUUUAAGAAAUCUAUUUGCAAAUAUCAGUGCUUCACAUUGUUAAAUGAUGCAUUUGGGAAAAAUUCUGCUCUUCUAUUUCAAGCUUAUUAGUACUAAACCAUGCAAGUUUAACUAGUUCUUCACUUUUAGUUCAGUUGUGAUUAGUUUUGUUUGGAAUCCUUUACACUAGGAUAUGGCAAACUUCAGUUUGCAGGUCUUUGCAUAGGAAGAUUUGGACUUAAAUAUGCUUAAUGUCAGAAUAGUUAAAUCAAAUUGGGAAUUCAAGUGAGAUUCUAUUAUGUUGUGCUUUAAAUAUGUUUUGAAUAACAUUUUUCUACUUAAAUACAUUAAUCUUUAAGCGCAAAUAUGAAAUAGCAUUUUGGUCCAGAGAAAGGAAAGAAUGGGCAAAGGGAAGCUAAAAGAGAUUGCUCCUUCAAAAUUAUCUUCUAAAAUUGAUCUAGUCAUAGACUGUGAAACAAAAUGACACAGUUUUUUUGACAGGAUUGCUGUGAGCAAGCUGAAAACAAACAAAAGCAAAAAAUGCUACUAAUUUUUUAAAGUCCUUUCUGCCUAGGUUUUGUUCUUUCACAAUUAUGGCUAUUUCAUCUUCAACAUAGGUAUGAAAUGCCACUUUCUAACACUAGACUGUCUGGCAAGAUUGUUUAUGAAGUUCUAAAACCAUGCUAAUAGAGUAUGUGGUGAUUAAUGCCUACAUGAAUGGAAAUUCAAAGACCGACAAUGACAAGAAUCAUGAAGCCUCCCUUCAUUCUAACAAAAUUGCUAGUGAAACAUUAAAAAAUAACGAACCAAACAAAUCUCUUGUUGAAUGUAAGCACUCUAUCAUAUUGAAGCAAAAUUUACCAUUUGCUAUUGGGAUCAAUGUUAAAAUUUCAUAACUGGAUUUUGGGGUAUCUAAUUCAUAUUGUGUACUGUGGUAGGGUACAGGUUCAAGACAGACUGCUUGUGAGUUUAGCAGAUUUUAGGUGUGUAAUCCUACCCCAGAAAUGCCUAAACCUUAAAGUGCCUACAUGUAUAGCUUCUAGAAAAUGCUUUUAAUGCCUGUGGGGUUUUGUAGGGUGGUUUUUUUGUUUUGGGUUUUUUUGCCUAGACACACACUGCAGCUGUAUACCAAG